AUGAAUAAAAGUGAUUUAACGGAAAGUGAUGAAAAUAUUCUUAUUGAAAUAGAAGAUAAUGGGCCUCAAGAUACGCCAAGCGAAAAUGGAGAUAUCUCUUUUAUGCCUUCCGAAGUUUUGGAAGAAGGUAAAUUACGCAGUUGUAGCAAGCCUAAAGAUAUGCCAAGCGAAAAUGAAAGCAUCCCUUUUACGCCUUCCGAAGUUUUGAAAGAAGUUGAAUUACGCAGUUGUAGCAUAGAAAUUGUUGGCUAUGUGGACACUAUACGAGCUACAAGAGUAGUUAAGAAAAAAGGAGAAAAUGACAAAGAUGUAAAAAAAAAUGAUAAUGAAUCAGAAGAGCAAAAUAAUAAACUAAAAGUUUUUUCUUUUAGUUUGAAUAACAACAAUGGGACUAAAGUUGAAGUCAGCGUUUGGAAUAAACAAAUCGAGAGAAUUGAAAACAUUAUUAAAACUAACCAGAUUCUACAUAUUGACGGAGCGACAGCAGAAUACAAAAAUCCGAAUUAUAAUUUGGAAAUGGAAGGAUAUAUAAAAACUAAUUUUCGUCGAUUGAAAUAUGAAUACCAAUCCCAAAUUGUUAAUUACGGAAUUGGAUCAAUUACCGACGGCGAAUUUAAAAUUGAUGUCAGGAUCUACAAUUUUCCAGAAACAGAACAUAACUUCGAAAAAGGAGAUCCAGUUUCAGUAACUGGAUUUAUUAAAUCUUAUAAAGACGUACUACCAUACAUUGCUGUAAAUGAAAUGGAUAACAUUAAAAUCAUCGAAGGAAAAGAAAGAAUGCCUUGGGAGAAAACCAUAUUAGGCUUCAAAAUCGCCAACAUAAAUUAA